CUAUCCUCUUUGGUACCCACCUUCAACAUGGAACUGGCGGAAUUACUAAUAUUGGGUUCCUAACCUCCAUCUUAACCGGUAUCAACGGUAUCAACUUAUUGGAUUCUUCUAGUAAAUGAAGAAUUGGGAAAUAUUAUUCAGAAUUGAAGUUAUGUUACUGUUUACCUGAAUGUAUAUGAUGGCGAAAAAAUUGGGGUGUUGCAGGCUCUUUUAUUUUUGGGUUUGAUUUUUCGCAAGUUAAUUGACUAUGGGAAACAAUUGGCGAUGGCGUUCUCUCACCGAGCUUCCAAUCCCCUCCCGGACCGUGGAUUUUCUGAUAAUUGGAAUGAGGAGCCCUCCGCCAAUGAGUCAUCUCGGAGAGGUCUUCUUCCGACUCCGUGGGAAGCUUCUCAGCAUACCUCAUUGCCCUUUACGGGUCAAACAAGCAACAUGCCGUUCUUGCGGAAGCAAUCCCUUCCGAGCGAACCCCCUCCUGGAACUUUUCAUCCCCCUCAUGUAACGUCCUUCAAUCGCUUUACUCCUAAUGGGCUGUCCAGUCGUCUGCCAGGGUCUUCCAUCGAUGACUCUUCUCACAGAAGUCUCCUGCUCUCGCCUUCAACGUCGAAUCCCUAUUCUACCUCACGCCUUCCUUUCCAAGACGACUCUCCCGUCAGAUUUUCAGAUCGCAUCACAUUGUCUGAUUAUCGCCAAGAUGACUUUCCAGGCUUUACAAAUUCCUCAGGCUACAUGUCGUCAGAAACGUAUCGUAGCAAUCCAUCCACCCUCCAGAGGUCCCAAAAUCCAGAAGCACCUCCGAGAGCACUUAAUCCACCUGAAUUCGACCUGGAGAACCUACCACAGGGUAUCGAGACGAUGCCAACGAGGAACUGCUUCCUCUGUACCAUCUGCAAUACCGAAAUUCAUCCAGAUGCCAUUGACUCUCACGUCACCACAGUCGCUCAUCGGACCGGUGGCAGAAAAGUCAUCUACAGGCUCAGUCCCUUGGAGUUCAAGUGCAGUCUUUGUGAUGUCAUCGUCGAGAGUCACACUGAAGUGCGAAAACACUUGAAUACCCAAGCUCAUAUGUCAAGAAGAAACCUCAUGCUCAAUUUACAAUCAGAUGCCUUGAAUGAAUGGUAUGAGUUGCCCAAGGGCAUUGUGAAGACGAAGAAUGACCAAUGGCUUUGGUGUUCCCUGUGCUCAUGUGCACUGGAAGCAAGUAGUGCGGUUGUGUUAUCGCACACGACGAAAUUCGAGCACAGAGAAAAUUUAGCUGUUUGGAGGGAAAUGAGUCUGGGGAAAUCAGGGGAACUGUUUUCAGAGGAGAACCGAGAUCACAGGGCAUCUCAAUCCUCAGCAUUUCGUUACAGAGAUAGAUAUGAAGAGUACCAUAAUCGAGAUCAAUCAUCAUCACCUUUCAUAAGGGACGGAGAUGGAUCCUAUCCGUCGAGGAAACGUGAUUAUGAGACAAUGCGACAGGGAACGUCGGCGUCUCCGCGGACAUUCGAAGAGUAUAAUUCGAAUAAUUUACAAUCAUUCUCAGCGCGGGGACAAAACAUGCUCCCGUUACUUUUACCGAGAGACGAAAAUUAUUCUUCCUCACGAGGUCGUGAUCAUGAAGAGGGGAGGACAUUUUCUGAUGCCAUGUCAUUGGCUAAGGACUAUUAUUCUCGAAGGGAUUUACCAUUUUCAUUGAGAAAUCAACCUCAUGAACUUUUAUUAACACGAGAGCAACACGAAAGGAUUGAAUCGAGAUACUGUAAUCCGUCAGACGAUUAUUACAAUCGUGAGGAGCACCUAUCUUCAUCGAGAAAUAAAAUUCGUCGGCUUUCAUCACCACCCAACAAAAAUCACGAGGGGAUUGAAUCCUGCUCUACAAAAAAUUACCAUCCUCCAAAUGAUUUGUCCUCUAGAGAAAUAACUGAAGAGAAUCAUUCACGAGGAUCAGACUACAACACAGAAGACUGCAAUCUUGAGAAUAAUUUGCCAUCACCAUCAAAUAGCGAAAAAGACGACAAUAUGGAACCCGUCGAAUCUAACAAUGUUCCGUCAUAUUUAUCGAACUCAGCGGACACCGAAGCACAAUCACCAUUACCUUCCGCUGAAAAUAAUAAAAUUCCUGACGAGAGCUUUCUCUGCGAUAUCUGUAACUGCACAAUCCCUGGUGGCUCCCAGGCCAUCCAAAAACACAAUGAAUCCGAGAAGCACCGAAUGAAAAAGAAGGCGUCCCGCCGGGCCUCAUCACCUGACGAGCAACUUCCCGAGGGAAUUGAGCAGCCGAGAAAUCAGGACUUCUACAUAUGUCUGAUAUGUGGCUGCAAAAUAGCCCUGUACAGUUCCAUCGCGAAGCACGUUGCCACCGACGUUCACCGGAACAACGGCAGGAACGUCCUCAGGAAACCGUGCAGGACAAUCUUCAACUGCACCAUUUGUCACCGCACGAUGAAAAACUGGCACGACGCCCUUGUUCACGUGGGAAGCCCGAAGCACAUCGGCAAGAGGGAGCUGUUCAAUCGUCCUUUAGCAUCGAAUUCUGCGAAACCUCUACCUAUCUUGAGCACAGCCAGACUUCGGGAUGUUCCUAAACACGAGGAAGAGGGCAUUCACGUAGUCACGAAGGGAAACGCAAAGCAACUGAUAUGCACCACUUGUGGCUGCAGACUCUUGCAAUCGGGGCCCGUGGCCAAUCACAUUGAGAGCAUCGACCAUAAGAUGAAUGGUUCAAAUGUUAUUGCCAGAGCGGGGAAAUCAUUAUUCAAGUGUAGAGUUUGUGAUUGCUUCUUCCAGAGUCCUGAGAAAACUCUGAUUCAUGUGAGAGGAAAGCAGCAUGCGGCGAAAAAAGCCGAGGAAAUGCCGCAGGAAGCAGCAUUUUUGAAAGCGCUCUACAAAAUACCCGAGGGAAUCAUUAAACGUGGUGGUCACACAUACUGGUGCCAGGUGUGUAAUAUCGUUGUGGGGAUGCACUUCAAAAAUGUGACUAGUCAUGUUCAGGGGAGCACACAUGUGAAAUUAUUCGAAGAUUACAAGAAGAAUUCUGUCAACACGCAGGAGGAUGUGCCGACUGUUGUGAAGGAAGUUAAUGCUGAUGGGGAUGACGAUGCAGUCCGGAAUGAGCCUGAGAACAGGGAAAAGGAAUCAUCGAUUUCUACGCCAUUAGUUGUUAAUGAACCAUCAGUCGGGGAUGGCCAGAAGGAUGAGAAGAUCGAGGCUGAUGUGGCUACUGAGAAGUUUAACCCGACGGAAUUUUCGAUCAAUGAUUUCAUUGUCAAAGACGAAUGUUAUGGGUCUGAUAACGAGAAAACUAGUGAGGUUGAGGCGCGGAGGGCUGCGAAAAGGCAGAGGAAACGGCAGAGACAAAAGCUCAACAGAGAAAUGAGAGUGAAGGGAGUGGAGGGAGUUGUUCCACUGAGUGAUAAGAAUUUUAUGCUGUGUCUGUUUUGUAAUAGUACUUUCGCUUCUAAUCUCCUGGAGAAUCAUCUCGCUGAGCAGAGUCACGGAACGAACAGGGACAAACUCCUCCUUGAAGUCAAUGAAACCCAGUUGGAGUGCAGAAUUUGUCAUAUUCCUCUAUACGAUGUAGGCAGUGUCAAUGGACAUCUUCAGGGUAAGUCGCACGUCCGAAAAUCUAGAUUUCUGGAUGGGUACGCAAAACUGACAGGUCAGUAGGAGAAGUCUAGUUAUCUGUUUUCACCCAAUAAACGGUCUGCGGUGGAUGAAGAUUGGGACUGAUCUGAAUGAUGAACCCUUGGAUGAAGGCGGUCUUCGGUAUUGGUGGGAGGAAUUUCACUUGGUGAUUAUAAGACUGAGAAAAGGGAGGGGUACCUGUCGGGGAAGGGUAUCGACGGGCAUGAAUUGUUGAUCAAUGAUUGCCCUGCCAUGAGACUCACCAGGGUUAUGGGUCUGAUGGAAAUGGGACUGUUGAUAGAAGGUGAAAGAAGAGUCAAAAGAAGUCCUACAGGGGGCGAGGAUUCCCGAAGGGGAGUACUCCGAUGGUAUUUUAGUAUAUUAAGUCAUACAGUAACAUUUAUAUUACAUAAACAAAAGCAAAAAAUUACAUAUGGAAGUGUAUGCAUCACUGGAUUUUGAUUUUUUUGUUUGAAAAAAUAAUUAACAAGACACCUUAGUUAUAAUGUCUGUGUGUUAUUAAAACGUUACAUUUUCAUUUUUUUAUUUAAAGGCAGGAUUGCCAGACCGGUGUGCUAUUUUUUAUUUCCAGUCAUAAAUAAUUUUUUUUUCAUGUACAAAACCAUAAUGUUAAGGCAAUCUUAACGCGGGCUUUAUGCUUUUCUCCAAGUUGUGCUUUUUCUCGUGUUUUCAAAUGACAAAAUGAGAAAGAUGUCGGUUAUAUCAGAGAGAUGAAUGGGAACAAAACAUACGAUUAUAUUAUUUGCAAGUGAACUUGGUAAUAAAAAUGUAAUUUUAUUAUCGUUACAUUCUUACUUUGACAUUUCAUUAUCUGCUCCGUAGCAGAACGUGAUGUACUCAUUAUUAUUUACAUUAUUUUGAGAAGAAUAAUAAAAGAUUGAGAAUUCACAAGGA